UAGAUUAGGUUACAAACUGUGGCUUCUGUCUUGAAAGCUCUCCCUUUCUCUCUCCAGGGUGAAGCAAGCUGCUAUGUUGUGAGUAGUUUUAUGAAGAGGCCCAUGUUUUGAGAAACUCAUGUCUUUAGCUGUUGUGAGUUGAAUUGUGCACACCUCCCACCAUCUGCCAGAAAAAAAGAGCAAGAAGCCUGUUGGAGGUGAUGUUUCCCUGAAGCAAAGAAGAGACAGCCUGAGAAUGUCAGCCUUCAACUGGCAGCCUUUUGUGUAUGGAGGGCUGGCCUCCAUCACGGCCGAGUGCGGUACCUUUCCAAUUGAUUUAACGAAGACACGGCUCCAGAUUCAAGGCCAAACGAAUGAUGCAAACUUUAAAGAAAUUAGGUAUCGAGGAAUGUUGCAUGCCUUGGUGAGGAUAGGCAGAGAAGAAGGGCUGAAAGCGCUGUAUUCAGGGAUUGCCCCUGCAAUGUUACGCCAGGCAUCCUAUGGCACAAUCAAGAUAGGCACUUACCAGAGCUUGAAGCGACUAUUUGUUGAACGUCCAGAAGAUGAAACCUUACCGAUAAAUGUCAUAUGUGGAAUUCUCUCUGGAGUCAUAUCCUCAACCAUUGCUAAUCCAACUGAUGUUUUGAAAAUACGGAUGCAAGCACAAAACAACACCAUUCAAGGGGGAAUGAUCGGCAACUUCAUUAACAUUUACCAGCAGGAGGGAACAAGAGGACUGUGGAAGGGUGUGUCCCUUACUGCUCAGAGGGCUGCUAUUGUUGUUGGUGUGGAGCUGCCGGUCUAUGACUUCACCAAGAAGCAUCUGAUUCUCUCCGGCCUGAUGGGAGACACUGUAUACACCCAUUUUCUCUCAAGUUUCACUUGUGGUCUGGCAGGGGCCCUGGCCUCAAACCCUGUCGAUGUUGUGAGAACACGUCUGAUGAAUCAGAGAGUCCUUCGAGAUGGCAGGUGCUCUGGCUACUCAGGUACCCUGGAUUGCCUAUUACAGACAUGGAAGAAUGAAGGAUUUUUUGCUCUAUAUAAAGGGUUUUGGCCAAAUUGGUUGAGACUUGGUCCUUGGAAUAUCAUUUUCUUUGUGACAUAUGAGCAGCUGAAGAAAUUGGAUUUGUGACAAGACAAGGCUGCAUGAGACACCCUUCUGAAAAUGCUACCUUCUGAAAUAGUAAAGCUUCCUGUGUUUCACUCUGCUUCUCACUGCUUGGCUCAUCACAGAUUCCAGGGUGUGAGUGACAGACGAAGACUGGGCUCAGAUUGCUGUGUGUCGGCAUUGAUGUUCUUCACUAGAAGUUUAAUGGCAUAAACUCUAACAUCCAAACUCUAGUUUUUACCACCGAAGCACUCUUUGACAUCAAAGAUAUGAAAUGCAUUUCUCUUGCUAUAGAAAACUUGCAAGAACACCUGGAGCUAUGUACUAAUUUCUUCAGGGAGUUGUCCUGGUGCAUCCAGCUUGUAGCUGAGUAUCUCAGACCGCUCCACAGAAGCUCAUUGGAAUGGUGGGAUGGAGUCUCCAAGAGGGUAUUAUGGUUCCUGAACUCUUGGGAAUUUUUACUUCUUAUCAGCAGAAAUAUCCUGAGUAGAAACCUGGACUUUUCAACCAUAGGUUUUUAACAGCGUAGGAAAUAGAUCCUUGGAAUAUUGCACUGCUUAUAAUUACCUAUUUUGGCAGGAUCUUUCACUUAUAAUAAGUGAUUUUAAAUCUUUGAGGACUUGACCUUUGUGAGGAAUUGUUACGCUGUACCAGUAUCUGAAUUCAUGGUGAUGUUACCUGUUACCUUUUAUUAGGGGGAGGUAUUUUCAAGCAGCUUGGAUUCUGUCUUAGGUUAUGAUAACAAUUAGCUCUAUGCUUUUUGUGUGUGUGUGUGUGUGUGUGUGUGUGUGUUGUUGUUGUUUUGGGGUUUUUUGUUUGUUUGUUUUCAAGACAGGCUCUUGCUCUCUUGCCCAGGUUUGGGUACAGUGGCAUCAUCAUAGCUCACUGCAAACUCAAACUCCUGGGUUCAAGUGAUACACCUGCUGCAGCCUUUCUAGUAGCUGGGACUACAGGUGUGUGCCAUCAAACCCAGACAUUUUUCUGGGUUUUUUUAUUUUGUAGAGACAGGAUCUUGCUAUAUUACUCAGGCUGAUCUUCGACUUCUGGGCUCAAGUGAUCCUCCUGCCUUAGCCUCCCAAAGUGCUAGGAUUACAGGCAUGAGCCACUGUGCAAAGUUUGUUUUUAGCAAAGUUUGUUUCUCCGUCUAUAAAAUGCAGAUGUGUAUCUGUUGAUGUAGAGGGUCAAAUGAAGAAAUAGUAGUUGCUGCUCCUUGACUUGAAAGGUAAAUGUGUUUACAUCAUGCUGUAUACAGCUGCAAUUUCUCAGUAAACAGUCUGAAUGUAGAAGAAUGUUGUAUUAUGAGCUUCUCAUGGUAAUUAUGAGUAAAGCCCUUUGUUAAAGGACUUGUUAAAGAGCACUGUUUAAGGAUUUGAUACAUUUUCCUUGGCAGAAUGUUUUUAAUUGAAUUGAAGAGGAGGAGUUGAUGUUUUUAGAUUUCCAGUUUUUACUUUAGUUCAUGUCGUAUUUGUUAAAAUUUUUCCUGUUUUGGACUUCCUAGUUCGUUUGGAUGGAAGUUGCCUGCUUAAAAAUUUCAAAAAUGAUUUCUUUAGUGUAUCUAUUUAUCUAUUUGGACAAGAGGUACAUGAUAUUUUUCUUUUUUCUAAAGACAUGAUAAAUCAUUCUCCUUCUUUAUUGUCAUUGGCUUGUUCUUUUUAAAACAAAAGGUGACUGUGAGAGCCCUGAGAACUUUACGCUUCUGGAAGCCAGCCCUAAGAAACGGGAUAUAUUUACUCAGGUGCUUUUAGUUCUACCCUUUGAAAAGGACAUUAAAAUACAUACUAACUGGGGCUGCAGAGGCCAGACCACUUCCACACUAUUGCCCGUUUGCCCAGCCCCUGUGGCUCCUUCCUUUAAUGAAACAAGGAAAGGCGUGUAUGUUUUUUUUUAGGGAAAGGGCAGUUUUUCCUCCCAGCCAUUUUCACCUUGCCUUCUUCCUUAGUAUUUCCUUUUUAUUUCCAAAAGCGCUAAGACAAAAUCAUUAAAAGGAGAGGAAGAAAGAACGGUUGGGGGGUGACCUGUAGGUAUUAAUGGUUUAAAGACUCAGAUGAAAGUCCUCCUCUCCUUGGGUGCCUCUAGGUGGCAGUAGAGCUUAUUCGUGGGCCUGAGCUCAUUCAUGGGACUGAACCACCCCUUAGACUUAGGUUUUUUUUCUUCUUUUUUUUUUUUUUGUAGAGAGAGUCUCACUUUAUGGCCCUCGGUAGAGUGCCGUCGCCUCACACAGCUCACAGCAACCUCCAACUCCUGGGCUUAAAGCGAUUCUCUUGCCUCAGCCUCCCGAGUAGCUGGGACUACAGGCGCCCGCCACAACGCCCGGCUAUUUUUUGGUUGCAGUUCAGCCGGGCCGGGUUUGAACCCGCCACCCUCGGUAUAUGGGGCCGGCGCCUUACCGACUGAGCCACAGGCGCCCCCCGGUUUUUUUUUUUUUCUUCUUACACAAACAUUCCACUAAUGUGAUAAGGACUUUCUAUAGAGAGGCUUUCACUUUUGAGUUCUUUGAGUUUAAAGGAUUUUUAGGAACCACUCUUUUCUUUGAAGGAAACAUUUUGUUUUUUCAAGAGUACAUAACAGUAGAAGCAAGUUUAUUUUAAAGACUAUAUAAAGAGUGAAUGUCAGACAGUGUUCAUUAUUACCGAUUUGUUCAAAUUAUGUACAUGUUCGUACCACGAUGAAAAGAAAUUCAGACCUCACACGUAAAACUUAAGCUUGUUUUAAGACAAAAAUAUAUUUCUUUAAUGUAGAUUAAUGAAGUGCCUUAAAGACCAGGGUCUUUCUUAACUUGCUCUUUUUCUUAACCUGCUUUUUCUGUUUCUUAAAAGAGUUAAUGCCAUUGUUGAAGCUUCUAACCACGAAACAACUUAAAAGAAUUGGGAGACUUGGACUCCUUGCUGUCAGGGAUGGGGCUACCAAGUCCAUCCCUACCUUUGGAUAUUGCUUAAAGGUGGCAAAAGGAUGUCUAGCGUCUAUAACCAAGUUGAAGAAAGUGGUUUCUUUGCUUAUGAUUUGUGUAAUCAUUGAUGUUAAAUGUUGUCAAUCCAUAAUAUUAACAAAAACUCCUGUUCACCAUAUUUAUUCCUAUGCUAGAAACAGUAUACAUUAUAUGAAGAGUAGAAAUUUGUCAUAAAGGCUUUAUACUUUAAGCUCUUUAUUUAAACUCAUUGCAAUAUGUGCAUAAACCUUGUUUUCCUUUAUUUAAUAAACUAGAUCUAUAUAAAAAUGAUUUGUGGUUGUUU